UUGGCAGGCUCUCCCCAUGGCAGUCACAGUUGCCCUCCUCCUCCUCCUGUGCUUGUGUGGGCACCCCCAGGCUGCUGCAGACAGCAUCCAGACCGUCUAUGUGGUCUCAGGGGAGUCAGUGGAGCUGCCGUGUCCUUCACCACCCUCCCUACGUGGGGGCCAGCUCCUAACCUGGUUCCGCAGCCCUGCAGAAGGCUCCUCCACCAUCUUGGUGACCCAGAUCCAAGUAGACAGGCCAGUCUCAGAUCUGGGGAAACCUGAAAAUGAUUCAAGGUUCAAACCUCUUGGGAACUAUUCCUUAUUGCUGGAGGGGUCCAGGGAUGAAGAUGCUGGGCGGUACUGGUGCACUGUGAUGGAUCAGAACCACAAGUACCAGAACUGGAGGGUGUACGAUGUCUCCGUGCUCAAAGGAUCCCAGUUCUCUGUGAAGUCUCCAGAUGGCCCCUCUUGCUCUGCCCUCCUGUGCUCUGUGGUCCCCGCCAGGCGUCUGGACUCUGUGACCUGGCUAGAGGGGAGGAAUCCCGUGAGAGGACACGCUCAGUACUUUUGGGGAGAUGGGGCUGCCCUGCUAUUGGUGUGUCCUGGAGAGGGGCUUCCUGAGACCAGGGGCCGCAGGCCGAGGAACAUCCGAUGCCUUAUGCCUCAGAACAAAAGAUUCAGCUUUAGUCUGGCAGCUUCCACAGAACCUUCUCCCAUAGUUUGUGCCUCUGUCCCGAGCUGGGAUGUGUCCCGGGUACUGAUGCUGUUGUUCACAGCGGGCCAAGGAGUCACCAUCAUAGUUCUCAGCAUUGUGCUCUGGAGGCGGAGGGCCCAGAGGUCUCCGGACAGAGGACACCGCAUGCGAUGCUAUGACUGUGGUGGCCCCAGCAACUCCUGCAAGCAGACCGUGAUCACCUGUGGUGAGGGUGAGCGCUGCGGCUUCCUGGACCGCAAACCCAACCCAGGACAAGCCAAGCAACCCUCCGUGACCUUGGGUCAGCACCACCCCGCCUGUGUGGCCACCCACCAUUGCAACCAAGUGGACAUAGAGUCAGUGGGAGGUGUGACUUUCACAACCCAAAAAAACUGCUGCUUCGGAGACCUGUGCAACGGCGCCGUGGUGAGCUCCGUGACCCCUUCCUGUAUCUUGGCGGCAGCUGUUACCACCCUGGCCUGGCUCUUGCCGUGA